AUGCUAAACGUUUGUCUGGUUUGUAAUGCAUUGGACGACGAGAUUGUGUCACUUCCGGGCCUUUCAAAGCAAAUCCAAUUCAAACAAUAUUCCGGUUAUUUGAAUGCCUCGAAGGGAAGGCAUUAUUUCUAUUGGUUUUUUGAAUGUGAAAAAGACCCGCAAAAUGCACCGGUAGUCCUAUGGCUACAGGGAGGCCCGGGUGGCAGUUCACUGUUUGGUAUGUCCACUGAAAACGGACCCUUCAGAUUCAAUCAAAAUGGUAAAACUGUUGAAUUGGCCGAACAUAGUUGGAAUUCAGUGGCAAACGUCUUAUACCUGGAGUCGCCGUCGGGAACGGGAUUUAGUUAUGACGACAAUAAUAACUAUACAAACACUGAUGAGUCGACUGCUUUGGAUAACUAUUUAUCUCUCGAAAGUUUUUUCGUAAAAUUCCCACAAUUUAAGAAAAACGAGUUUUACAUCACAGGCGAGAGUUAUGCCGGCGUUUAUAUACCAAUGUUAGCCACAAAUAUAUAUCAACACAACUCUACAAUCAAUUUAAAGGGUGUAGCCAUAGGGAAUGGACUGUUAUUAGAUAAACAGGGUCAAAUAAGUUUUAAUCAGUCCAGCUAUGACUAUGCUUUAGCGCACGGAUUGAUAACAACGGAUGCCUACGAGAAAAAGAUUGAGAGUUGCUGUGAGUGUACCGCAGCGCACGGAUUGAUAACAACGGAUGCCUACGAGAAAAAGAUUGAGAGUUGCUGUGAGUGUACCGCAGGUGCGGUUCAACACGAGUGCGAUUUUAGUAAAGCACCCAAUAUAACCAAGUGCAAGUCAGUACAGGUAGACACUAUGCGACUAAACAAUCCGUACAAUAUCUACGACGACUGUCCCUUAGAUACCAACGCUCGGCAGGUGUUUGACACGUAUUUUAGGCCCGCAUUCAAACGGAUUGGCAUUAAUUAUAGGCUUAAGCCAAACAACGGGGUAAACGCGGGGCCGGAAUGCGUUAAAUACGGUACGACUACAUACAUGAACACCAAUGCCGUCCAAAAGGCUCUACAUGUGAGACCGGGUAGCAAACGGUGGGCACCUAUUGGCGGCCCCUAUGAUAGGACACACGCCGGGACACCACAGGCGGAAACUGUUAAGCAAUUGAUAAACACAUAUAACAUACCAAAACUGAUUGUAUAUAACGGAGACUUCGAUACGGUUUGCAAUUUUAUUGGCAAUCAGAGGUUUGUGACGGGUCUGGGCUUUCAAACGGCCGGUCAUUACAGGGAGUGGACAGUCGACGGCACCAGUGAUGGAGUGAUCGGAGGUUUUGUACAGAACUACGAAAAAGGAUUAAGUUUUGUGUUGGUUAGAGGGGCCGGACAUAUGGUGCCGAGCAAUAAACCUGAGGCCGGACUGCAACUACUCAAAGGAUUGUUGGGAUUAUCAAAACUAUAAUUAUUUAUAAA